AGCAACAUCCAAUGUACAUCAGCCUGGAACAGUUGGGUUAAGAACAAAUGCACAGCAGCUUUUAAGGUUAUUGUUUACACUCCUUUGAUUAAUUUCCUUAAAAUAGUUAUACUCAUCUGACUCUUUUUGUCUAUAGGAACGAAGUGAGAAAUACAGGCAACUGAGGAAGGGUCAAAUUCCUCAUACUACAAGCCGCAAAGGAAUGACUCGCUUAGCUGAUGAGAUGAAAAAAAACAGUUCUGAUCCUAGAAAAGUUACUAGAAGUAAGGUGUGGAUAGCAGGACAUACACAUUCUGAUGGGAGACCUGUGAGGGAAGAGUUUGCAGAAACUAUUGAAAUGAUCAAGACCAUUGAUAGUGAAAUGGACUCCACCACAUCCACGGAUAAUGUUAGGGAAGAUGCUGUGAGUCAGGUACUAGGAAAAGACAGACCAGGAAGAGUUAGGGGGAUGGGCAGAGGCGCAACUGUUACUAAGUUAGCAUUCUUACAAGCAAGAGACUCUCAUGUCAAGAAGCUUGAAGCUUCUCAAGCAGAAUUGCAAAGUAAGCUUGAAAAUUUGCAGAAUGUGGUUAGUAACUUAGCUAGUAAAAAGGUAAACCUUUUGGCACUCAUUGUUUCACAAUGCCAACUUAUAUAAGUUUUGGUUAAUUAUGUGUUUUUUUGGUCAUUGCAGAGACAGACUGAUGAUGUUUCCAUGUCUGACUUAAGCAAUGUUAGCAAAGGAGGAGUUAGGUGCCAGCUUCUUGAUUGGUGUUCAAAUGUUGACGUGGUUGUUGGUGAAGGAGAAUUCUGCUCCAGUGAACACACAUACAAGAUUGGUAGAAUACCAUUGGGUCGCAAUGCAGCUGCUGUACUUGUGAAGUCCACAACAGUUAUACAUGCAUCUGUCUGGAGACCUACUCCAACCAUUUUCACACUUGGUGAAGCUGUUGGACAUAAAAUUGCAUGGCCACUUGACAAGAUUAUAUUGGAUGAGGAUAUUAACUUGUCCCAACCUACUAAGAGUGUGGAAUCAGAGCAGGUAAAUUACAACUACUAUUGAGUUCCUCUUAAAUUCAUAUUGGUUAGAUUACUAAUAUAGAUAUAUGCUUGUAUGAUACAUUAGCCAACAGAUGAAACACUAGGAAGAAUUAAAAUCUUUCAAUAUUGGAGUGGAGAUGAUGAAAUGAUUGCUGAGGGUAUGUUGUUGUCAACUGACCAUAAUGAAUUGGUGGAUGGUAGACCUCUGGGACAUGGUGCUGCAGUUGUUAAGGUCCUGGAGGUGGUUAAACCUGAUGCUUAUCUGUGGAGACCAAAUCCUCCAAUCUCAUUGAUGAGUGAUGCACUAAAUGAGACCAUCGCAUGGCCUAUUGAUAGAAUACAACUCCUUGAGAUACCUGCAAAUGAUGAAUCAACCAGAAAAUCACCUCAAGUAAGUUUCUCUGCAACUAGUUUUUAAUUUAAAUGGUAUGAAUACUUAAACUUGGAUAUCUUAGGGUAGUCACAUGUUGUAUUGGAUUGUGUUGAUGUUGCUGUGAUGUUAGUCUGAUGUAAUUCUUUUUAUAAUGUUUGAUUUUAGAGUGCAACUACUCCCAGUGCUACUACUCCCAGCACUGCUAGUAGCAAAGGUGCUAAGCAGAAGUGUUUUCUAUUAGAUAUUGAUAACACUGGGCAGAGAGUUGCAAUAGGUCGGGUGUCUUCAACUGAUCCAGCAGAUAAGGUCCAUCACGUCCCUUUAGGUGCCAACGCUAGCAAGGUCUGGGUAGAGGUUUCCAAGGUUGAGGGUGCACGAGUGUGGAGAGCAAAUUCUGAAGUUAAAUUCAUUGCUGAUGCAGUAGGAACCACUGUGGCUUGGCCUAAUGACAAGAUUAUAUUCAUGUGAUUUGAGUUUUAGUACUUUUGAACUAAGUUUCUAAAAAUGUAAAACUUAUGUUUGACUCUUUUGGAACAAAUAAUUAAUGAAGUAUUUGAUAA